CUCUCAAGCUGAUUUUUGUUGUGGUGGUACUUGAGUAAUGAGCCCACCUGAGACAAGGCUGAAGAAGGAGACCCAUGGUUAUCUUUGAUCCUGCCUGGCAACCCAUCAGUCUGCAGUCAUGAGCACUAUGAAUACAAAAGCCAGCUCUGGAGGUGAGGAAGAAGACUUGGGAAUGAAGAGUGAGACCCUGGGGGAGAACGGCUGCUUGGGAGAGGUCAAGAGGAGACAAACGAUCCUCGCUGCCUAUCUGAUUGUAACCCUAGAGCUGACCUUCCUCUUCAUGCAGAUGGGAGUCAUGCCUUACCUGGCAAAGAGCCUAAGUUUGGAUUCAGUGGGGUUUGGCUACCUCCAGACAACCUUUGGUGUCCUCCAGCUUGUGGGAGGUCCCAUUUUCGGAAGGUUUGCAGAUCAGUUUGGCACCAGAGCUGCCUUAAUUCUCUCCUGUGCAUCUGGAAGUGCCUUCUUCCUGCUCAUGUCCAUCUCCACCAGCAUCCCUCUCCUCUUCCUCUCCAGGCUGCCAGCAGUGUUCAUGCACGGGCUACCAGGUGCUCAGAAGGUUAUUACAGACCUGACUAAUCCUUCCCAACGCGCUGAUGCUUUGGGGAAGCUGGGUCUUUGCUUUGGAAUAGGAAUCAUCAUCGGCUCUGCCCUGGGGGGUGUCCUCUCCACCAAAUUCAGCAUUUUUGUUCCUACAUAUGUCGGUCUGGUGGGAAAUCUCAUAAAUACCAUGAUAGUAGUGGUUUUCAUCCCUUUGCAAGCUAAACCAAAGUCAGACCAUCGUGUGACAGAGCACAGCUCAUCACAGUCUGGCAGCGUGUUUAGCAUCAGAGAAAUCCUACGCCUGAUGAAGUUUCCGGGAGUAAUGGAAGUUUUCAUAGUCAAGGUCUUUGCUGGACUUCCCGCAGGUUUGUUCCUGAUUAUGUUUUCCAUCAUCUCUAUGGAUUUCUUUGGCUUGGAAGCGGUGGAGUCUGGAUACCUGAUGUCAUAUUUUGGUGUCCUUCAAAUGGUUGUCCAGGGUCUGGUCAUUGGAAAACUCACUAAGAGCUGCACGGAGAGGACCCUGCUCAGGCUCAGCGUCUUCGUCUUCGCCGGCGUGGGCCUCGGCAUGGCCCUGAUGAGGACCGUGUGGCACUACUGCAUCAUUGCGGUGCCACUGGUGUUCGCCUUCAGCAUGCUGGGCACCAUCACCGACAGCAUCCUCACCAAGGCUGUCCCCUCCUCUGACACUGGUACCAUGCUCGGGAUUUGCGCCUCGGUGCAACCCCUGAUUCGGACGGUGGGCCCAACCAUCGGUGGACUUCUAUACAAACAAUUUGGAGUCUCCUCCUUUGGUUAUUUACAGCUAGUGGUCAAUAUAGGUUUGUCUGUUUACCUCUUAAAGAAUAAAAUCCCACUGAGAGAGGUGAAAAGCCAAUAAUUCAGUCACA